AUGACUCUGACAAAGAUGGAGGUGGACUCGGCGAAGGGCGAAGGAUUUCGCCCUUACUACAUUACCAAGAUUGAAGAGUUGCAACUCAUUGUGGCUGAAAAAUCACAAAAUUUGAGAAGAUUGCAGGCUCAACGAAAUGAACUUAAUGCUAAGGUGCGUAUGUUGCGUGAAGAAUUGCAACUGUUGCAAGAGCAGGGUUCAUAUGUCGGAGAAGUGGUUAAACCCAUGGAUAAAAAGAAAGUUCUUGUUAAAGUACACCCGGAGGGCAAGUUUGUCGUGGACUUAGACAAGAACGUUGAUAUCAACGAUGUCACCGCCAACUGCCGUGUUGCGCUACGCAACGAAAGCUACACCCUCCACAAAAUUCUACCUAACAAAGUUGAUCCUUUGGUAUCUCUUAUGAUGGUUGAAAAAGUGCCUGAUUCCACUUACGAAAUGGUCGGUGGGUUGGAUAAACAAAUUAAGGAGAUCAAGGAGGUCAUUGAACUUCCGGUUAAACAUCCAGAGUUAUUUGAUGCUCUAGGUAUAGCUCAACCGAAGGGAGUGCUGUUAUAUGGGCCACCUGGUACUGGAAAGACCUUGCUAGCUAGAGCUGUUGCUCAUCAUACAGAGUGUACUUUCAUCCGUGUGUCUGGUUCAGAAUUGGUGCAGAAAUUCAUUGGAGAAGGAAGUCGUAUGGUCCGAGAGCUCUUUGUUAUGGCAAGGGAACAUGCUCCAUCAAUCAUAUUCAUGGAUGAAAUUGAUUCUAUUGGUUCUUCCCGUAUUGAAUCUGGUAGCGGUGGGGAUUCAGAAGUACAAAGAACUAUGUUAGAGUUGCUAAAUCAGUUAGAUGGUUUUGAAGCAACAAAGAACAUUAAAGUUAUCAUGGCGACCAAUCGAAUUGAUAUCCUGGAUCCUGCCUUAUUGAGACCUGGUCGUAUUGAUAGGAAAAUUGAAUUCCCUCCACCGAAUGAAGAGGCUCGUUUGGAUAUUCUAAAAAUUCAUUCCCGUAAAAUGAAUUUGACUAGAGGUAUCAAUUUGCGGAAGAUUGCCGAACUCAUGCCGGGGGCAUCUGGUGCUGAAGUGAAAGGUGUGUGUACUGAGGCUGGCAUGUACGCUUUGCGCGAACGCAGAGUCCAUGUUACCCAAGAAGAUUUUGAGAUGGCUGUAGCUAAGGUCAUGCAAAAGGAUUCUGAGAAAAAUAUGUCCAUUAAGAAAUUAUGGAAAUAG